CUGAGCAUGUGUGGAUGGUGUGGUUGCCCUCCUCAAUAUAUGAUUCUCCGGAGGAGCUGCUGCUUUCCAGACAGUGGCUGAGAAGGGGACGGGCUUCCUUCCAUACUGCUUUUUUGUGAUUGGUAAAACUUGCAGAACUUUCCUUUUUUCUUUCUGACUUUUUUUUUCUUCUUCUUUGGUUGAGAAGUUGACUUUCUGCUUCUGUUGUGCACGUCAGCUGUAAUCUGGUCUCUCCAGUGACUUACACUGACACCAUGAGCUCAGAGUCAGAUGAAUCCAAAGACGUGGCAACAGAUGUUUUCAACUCCAAAUAUCUGGCUGUCCAAGCCCAGAAGAAGAUUCUUGGCAAGAUGGCUUCAUCUAAAUAUAUUGCAACAUCCCUGAUUGAUGACACUAGUGGGGAAGUGUUGGACGAACUCUAUCAGGUGACUAAGGAGUUCACCCAUAGCAAGAAAGACUCGGAGAAGAUCAUUAAGAACCUCAUCAAGACCGUUAUAAAGCUGGCUGUCCUUUAUAGAAAUAAUCAGUUCAAUCAGGAUGAGAUUGCACUUAUGGAGAAAUUCAAGAGGAAAGUCCAUCAGUUGGCCAUGACGGUGGUCAGCUUUCAUCAAGUGGAAUAUACCUUCGACCGCAAUGUGCUGUCAAAAUUGUUGAAUGAAUGCCGUGAGGUUCUUCAUCAGGUCAUCCAGCGUCAUCUCACGGCAAAGUCUCAUGGACGCAUCAAUAACGUGUUUGACCACUUCUCUGAUUGUGAGUUUUUGGCUGCUCUGUACAAUCCAUUUGGACCUUAUAAAUCACAUCUCCAGAGACUCUGUGACGGUGUGAACAAAAUGUUAGAUGAUGACAAUAUUUAAGCAGAUAUAUUGCGGUCUCUUGUUACUUGCUGCAAAAUUCAAAUCUGAAGUUGCUACGAUGGAGAUGGAGACCACUGCUUAACGGGUAUUUUAUCUGCUGACUGUAACACUGGAGCCAGAUUGUUCUGCCAUCUGAUACAAGCUUCUGGUUCUCGCUGGUGAGGCGUUACUGAGCAGUUAUUAUAUGCAGAUAGGCUCCUUGUACAUACAUCGUUUGCAAGUGAGGGGGGAAAACAACUUACAAGCAGAAUUUCCACUGAAAUGGGAGUAUUACGAAGAAUUUAUGCAAAAGGAGUUGAUGCUAUUUAUGGCUUUCCAGAAGGUUAAUGCAAAGACAUUUUAUGAGUGUUUCCCUGCAAUGUAUGAAGUAUCUAUAAAAUGUGUGCGCUGAUUAUUUUUGCAUUUAUAUGAUCUUAAUAAGUAAUUGAAUAAAAAAAAAUGGCAGCUUCUUUUUCCCUUUAGUUCUAAAAUCUUUGUCUUGUAAGUACAAUAUACAUACAGAUCUUGAAUCUUGCUGUCAUGGAAUGGCACUGAAUUUUAUGUAAUAUUUUGACCCAGUGCUUUACAAUAUUCUCCAAUGUCUUAAUUGUCAUAAACGGUUUAACGGUUCUUCAUUUCUCUGUGUGGACGGCAGAAUUGCACUUUCUUAAUGUCAGUCAAACUGUCAUCCAAAAUAAAAAAAAAUCUAUCCUUUCAAA